UCUCCUUCAUCUGCUAUUCCACUCUUCACGCUCCCUUCUCCGAGGCGCGUGUCUCGAACCAAGUCGUCCACUGGCACUGACACCACCCUCACCGCCGUCGCCGUCCCGCCCUACGCAAUUCACCUUCCCUCUCGUCCGCGCGUGGAGCCGCCGUCCCGCCAUGCCAGCGGCUGCGUAGAUCAGGGUAUCCCCGCUUCCGCCGACCAUCGAUUAUGCUCAGGAUGACGAGACUUUUUGUCGUUGGCAGCCGCUACGGCUUCGUCCUCGUCGCCGCCCUCCUCGUCUGGCUCUUCAUCCGCGAGCCGUUCGCUCGGUUUGCGCACGACCACAGGCGACCCGAUGAUGUAGUCGUCGUCACAAACACAGCCAUCAACGCAGACGCCCAGCAACAACAACAACAGCUGCAAAACUCGCCCGCCGUGGACAGUGGGGGCAUCGCCUCCUCGAACUCCGAGGCUAUUGCCGACGGCAGCGACAAGCCUUCCCUUGGGCAGCCGCCCGCGCAGCAGCAGCUGGUCGAAGAGCCCCCUCGGGCCAAGGUCUACAAACCCAAGCCCUCCGCCGCGCCUCCGAUCAAGGACCACUUCCCAUGGCUCACACAUUCGGGCAAGAGCCCCGAGGUCCUCGAAAACAACAAGCCACCGUUCCCGCACGUCCCCGAGAAAACACCGCUCCUCAUAGGCUUCACCCAGAACUGGCCGCUUCUCCUCCAAUGCGUCAGUAGCUACAUAGCCGCGGGCUGGCCCGCGGGCGACAUCUACGUCAUUGAGAACACGGGCACAUUCCGCGCCAACAAGCAGCAUCAGCUCUCGCUGCAGAACCCAUUCUUCAUGAACCACACAAGCCUUGCAACCCUGGGGGUAAACAUCAUCUCCACGCCGACUCUGCUGAGUUUCUCGCAGCUGCAGAACUUCUAUCUCUACGUGGCCCAACAGCGCAGCUGGGAGCAUUUCUUCUGGAGCCACCAGGACGUCAUUGUCUUUUCGGACGAGGACGUCAAGAGGAAGGACCGUGAUCAUGACUGGGACCGCGAUCCGUACGCGACAAUAUACGAGCGCGCAGUUGGCCUAUUGCGGUAUCUCAAUGGUCCUGAGAUGCCGCCGUGGUCAACCCAUUUCUUUGCCUACGACCUGUUCACUCUCGUCAACCGCGAUGCCUACCUCGAAGUGGGUGGCUGGGACACGCACAUCCCCUUCAAGGCUGCCGACUGCGACAUGUAUCUCAGACUCCAUUGGGCUGGAUUCUGGCAGCCACAGAGCGAGGCGGGCUUGGUGUACGAAGUCGACGCGGUCCUGACGGAUAUUGGGGCGCUGUUCCACAUCCCCGGAGCCCACGCCACUUUCGAGGAGGACCCCGUGUUCGCGCCACUGAAGACGCUGAAGGAAGACGAGGAGCCGGACUCUGCACAGCUGCAGCAGGAAAUCGACAUGAAGCCGUGGGUGGCCAAGCAUGGCGAGACAUGGUUCCAUCUUGUCGAAGUCGUCGAAAGAAUGGCCGAGGCCAAGGAGAACAACACGCGCUAUCAACUCACAAGACAAGCGGGUGGGGCUGGAGAACCAUUUUACAGAGAUCCCGAAGGCUUCGAGGUUGGGAUCCAAGCCCUGACGACUACCGGCAAAGCCGUGUUCGCGGACAAGUGGGGACACCGAGGCUGCGACCUCCUCGACAUUGGCAUCGACGAUAAAGAUGCAUGGAGACUGAUGCGCGACUGGGACGUGAGCAAGAGCCCCGGGUCGGAAGGCGGGAACUGGGGCAAGCAGUGGAUGACGACUCCGGAGGAAGACCGGGCCGCGCACUGAGUUGCGGCCCCUUGCAGUCAGCGACACAAUACUUCCCGUGCCGAUCUUGCCACUCCAGUUUCCCAUCUUACUGGUCUUGGGGCCGUCUCGAUCUUUUCAAGGUCUCGUAAUAGUCCUUCUUCUUUCAACAUUUCGCUUCACAUCAAAGGCAUCCGGGGUUAGCACAUUUGUUCAGUUAUGGGUUAGGCGUUCUUUCCAUUGAUGAAGAUGCUCGGCGAACCAUUUCGUGUAGAGAAAGCCGGUUUGGCAAGGUUUCAACAGAGCAUUGGCAGAGCGAGUGUAUCGUCUUGGCGGGGUUUUUUUUUCUUGCACGACUAGUAGGUAGCAGCGGAGUUGUGACGGACGACGGGAUGGCAGAAAUACAACGUGAUAUGGUCAUGGUCAGCCAUGCAGACAAAGGGAGAAUCAGAGCACAUAUUUUUAUUUACGAUGGGGCAGAUGACAUUGUCUAAAUCAAACUCAUUUACAAAUUGUGGAA